AUGAAGAAAAUAUUGCAUUUUUUUGAGGACAUUGAAACUUCAGAUAAUAGAAAAUCAUUUGAAGCAUUUACUAGAUGUAAAGGAAACAUCAUAUUUGGUGCAAAAGUUUAAUUAUAUCUAAAAUAUUUAGAAUGACUUGCCUAAUAUUAUUGGAACUUUUUUUUUAAUAGUAGCUAUUAUAAUGUUGUACUUAAUUUUUAUAUUUCCUGCAGCACUCAAUUAUUAAUAUAAUGCUUUAGCAAUUACAAUUGUAAUAUGCUGUUUACUUCCAAUAAUAACACUUUUGAAUGUUACUAUGACAGGUUGAAUUAUUUUAUAUUUUUUUAUAGAACCUGGAGUGUUGCUCAAAGGGGAUUUGCCUGAUCCAUAAUAAUAUUAAUAAUAAUAAUAAUAAUAGUAAUUAUAAUAAACAGUUGAAGAACUUGAUUCAACUGCCUAAUAAAAUAAAAAUUUUUCAGAAGUAGAGUCAAUACGGAAUGGAUCAAAUUAAAUUUUAUUAGUGGAAGGAUCAUAAAAUUAAAUUGAAUUGAACCUUGAAGUACCCAGCAUUUAUUAGGUCAGAUACUGUUCAACUUGCAAAAUUAUGAGACCCUCUAAGGCUUCCCAUUGUAAGUUCUAAAAGCUAACUAGGCAAAUUCUGCAACCAUUGUGUUGAAGGUUUUGAUCAUCAUUGUUUCUGGGUUGGUACAUGUAUAGGAAUUAGAAACUAAAGAGCGUUUUUAUUAUUUUUACAAUCGUCCUUGAUUGUAGCUAUUCUUGCCUUUUGUUAAUGCUCAUUAAAUUGUAAAGAUAUUAAUUCUAUAAAAGUGUAUCACUAAUACUUAGAUAUUUAUCAUCUUUGGAUAUUGAUGUUUAAAUAAGCUAGUAUUCCUAUUAUAGCUAUUUAUGUAAUAUAUUUUUGUUGUGGUUGUUGGACAUAAUAAAGCUAUUUGAAUGUCAUAAUUAUAAUGAUUAUGUUGAUUGUUCCAAUAAUUUACUCUGCUGUUCUCAUUAAUAUUGAAGAUGUAUACAAAGAUUACAGAUAUUAUGAUAAUCCUUUUUUAACAUUUUUGGUUACAAUAAUUUUACUAGUCUGCUGUUGCUUCCUUAUUCCUUUUAAUAGUAUCAACUGCUAUUAUAUUUCAUUGGUAUAAUAAUAUCAAUAAUUUAUUGUAGGGUAAAACUGCAAAAUAAAUGAAAUCGGAAGAUUAGUAUUAUCUAAGGAAAUAAUCCUAAAUGAAGAAAUCAUUUAGUUCUUCAGAAGUAUUUCAAAAUUUAGUGAAAUUUUAUACAUCUCCAAUACCAAUUAGUCGUAAUUAAUGA